AUGUAUAAUAAAAAUGAGCUUGGUAACAAAAAUAAACCAUCGAACUCUUCUAAAGACAAUGAGUUUUUUAGCAUUGGUACUGUUAUUAAAGAUAAUCUUUCUUCAUUUAGUUAUACAAUUAUUGGAAUGUUGGGUAGAGGAGCUUAUGCUCAAUGUUUUAAAGUAACUAGAUCUGAUCAAGCCUAUUUUGCACUAAAAGUUAUUAGAUUAGCUAAUCUUAAAAGUUCUACUGUUAGGGAUAAAUUAGAAACUGAAAUUCAAAUACAACAAUCCCUUGACCACCCUAACAUUGUCAAAAUGUAUGACAGUUUUAGAGAUAAUGAGCAUAUUUUUAUGGUUUUGGAAUUAUGUGGUAAAGGAGCUCUUGAUACGCUAUUGAAUAAGUAUAAAAAAUUUAAAGAAAAAACAGUAUCUAUAUUUACACAGCAAGUUCUAAAGGGAUUAUUAUACUUACACAACCAGAAGAAUAUAAUACACAGAGACUUAAAAUUAGGUAAUUUAUUUUUAGAUGAAAAGUAUAAUAUUAAAAUUGGUGAUUUUGGAUUGAGUGCAUUUAUACCAGAGGGUAUGAAAAGAAAAACUUUAUGUGGUACACCUAAUUAUAUAGCACCCGAAGUUUUAUUUGAUAAAAAGACUGGGCAUUCUUUUGAAGUAGAUUUAUGGUCUCUGGGUGUAAUUAUUUAUACACUACUAAUAGGAACACCGCCUUUUCAGAAGAACACAGUUGAAGAAAUAUAUAAAAACAUUGAAAAUAAUUCAUAUAUUUUCCCAAAUGAUCAUAAUUUGAGUAGUGAAGCAAUUGAUAUUAUUAGAAAAUUAUUAGUACUUGAUCCAAAUGAAAGAUUAUCAUUAGAAGAAUUACUUAGACAUAACUUUUUACAUGUAAAAGGUGAAAAUAUUGCAAUACAAUUAUAUAAUAAUUUAUUACUCAAUUCUUAUAAUAAUAAGCCAAUAUUAGACGACCAUAUAACUUAUAGUUUUCCAUUGGAUAUUCUCAAAGGGGUGGGUUAUAUUUGUAAAUCUAAUCUCAUUGGAAUAUAUUACCAUAAUAACGAUAAUAUUUAUAUAAAGAAAGGAACUCUUGUUUAUAUUAGGGUUAAAAUGGUCGAUAACAAAAAAGUAUUUAAGAAAGAUGAAUUUUUAUUCUCAAAAUUACCAACUAGUUUAUACCCACACCUGAACAACAUCAAAUAUUUUGUUAAGAAUUUUACUAACCUUAAUUGGGAUAAUCUAAUGUUACCUGAAAUAAAAUCAGAUAUUUACUUAGUUAGAGUAAGAAGGAUUGAAAAUGGAUUGUUAUUUGUAAUGAGUAAUAAUGUUUUUAUAUUUGAUUUUGUUUCUGGUGAGAGAGUUGUUAUUUCAUCUAAUGGACUAUCUAUAAAUGUAUUAGAUGAUGAUGGUAAAUUUAUUAAUUUUGAUACGAAAACAAAAGAAAAUAUUCUUAAUAUUUUGAGAAUUUUUCAAAGCCCAAAUUCAAUUAAAUAA